GAACUUGUUAAGACAACUAGCUCUCUUUACUUCCAAGCGUCAACCACUCGAGCACCGAACCUGCGGGACCUCGUGGAGACUGCUCUUCUCGAACGCGUAGCUCGAGGCGACUUGCUCACACCCCAGCCACCGCCACCAAAGGCCACUGCUGUCCCCUGUUCUCCGGAGCCCACUGCUGGCAAAUCGCCUACUGUACUCGAUUCAAGUCGCAGAGAGGCCACUACAGAAGAAGUCGGCGAGAUUAGCGCAAAGGCUCCUUCCUCAACCUCCACUGCGCCUCCUCACGUCUCUGUCUGCGAUCGUGCUGCCAGCGCCCGGGUAAGUCUUAUGUAG